UUCCGUAAACACAUCACGCGUGGUCGGAGAAAAGUGCAACUUCGCGCCGGGCUCGUUUGCUUCAGUGAAAGAUGAGAGCGAAAUAUUGUGGUGACAGCUCUCGAUGUUGACCCAGAUCCGUGCCCGUAUUUCCUGUCUUCGCGACAGAUCGGUUGUAGUUGGAGUAGUGGCGCCAAAAUUCGACCUCAGCUUCGGAAGCGAAGUGCGACAUCGAGACGCAAAAGUGCGCGCCGCAUCAACCCCAUCGGAGUGCAGAUGCUGUCGCCGGCGCUGCACCGUCAAGUGUUCGGCGACGUCUGCGACAAACUCGACCGCGAAGCGGUCCAGAAGAGCGUGCAACACUUGAAAGAACAAAAGCUGUGGGGCCACACAACGACGUCGCUACCCGAAGUCGACUUCGAGCUCCCACCUUUACUGGGCUGUGACCUCGACGAACACUUCGCGGAGCUCGGCCGCCGGUACUCUAAAGACUACAGGCUAGCCGCUGAAGUACUCAGUUCGAAUCCCCUUCCGCGACAGCCGCCGCACUGGAACUUCGCCCCGGGAUGGACCAAGUACACGAACGACGGCAAGGAGGCCGUCGAAGUCGACUACCACGAAACGUCGCUAGUCUUCGAUGUCGAAGUGUGCAUGAGGGAGGGACACUUUCCGACGCUCGCGACUGCCGCGUCGGGAGACUGCUGGUACUCCUGGUGUAGCCCGCAGCUGGUCGGCGAACGUUUCAGGUGGAAAGAGCGCGUAAGACUGAGUGACUUGAUACCGCUGGAGAGGACCACAGGGCCGGAGAAGUCGCAGGCGCGUGUAAUCGUCGGUCACAACGUGGGCUUCGACCGGUCCUUCAUCAGGGAACAGUACGCAAUCGACGGAAGCCGCCUGAGGUUCCUGGACACACUGUCGCUUCACAUGUGCGUUUCGGGCCUGACCAGCUUCCAGAGGGCUCUUUCUAUGGCCAGUAAGUCAUCAGAGACAGCCGCGCGAGGUCCUCCCGUUGAGCUCUGGCAGGACCUGAGCUCCCUCAACAACCUCGCCGACGUGUACAAGCUCUACUCCGGAGGACGUGAACUCAAGAAGGAGGCAAGAGACACCUUCGUCAAUGGCACCCUGCAAGACGUCGCAGAAGACUUCCAGGCUCUGAUGACCUACUGUGCAAACGACGUAGUCGCCACCCACUUGGUACUCGGAAAGCUCCUGCCGCUGUACUUCGAGCGCUUCCCGCACCCGGUAUCUUUUGCCGGCAUGUUGGAGAUGUCAACGGCGUACCUUCCGGUGAACCAGAACUGGGAGCGCUACCUCAAGGAAGCAGACUCUAUCUAUGAAGACUACCAGCAGGAGCUGAAGCAAAUGCUGACGAGUAUCGCCAACAGUGCCUGCCGUCUGUUGCACGAUGAAGCGUACAAGAAGGACCCUUGGCUCUGGGAUCUUGACUGGACCGUUCAAAGCAUCAGGAUCAAAAAGGCACCUGCUGCUUCUGAGGUUCUUGCAAAGAGCACGAAGGGAACCAAGGCAUCCUCGAAAAAGCGUGUAGCUCGCGCAAGUGAAGCAGGAGCAGGCACUGGAGCCGUUUACGAGACAUUUCAGAGGCACAAGAACACAGCAGCCCAGUUUCCUACUGAAAAGGAAUUGUUGGUGCAAGUUCAGCACAUCUUCGAUACUUCAAAGCUGUUGUAUAAAGUACAGCCAUUUAUGCCUGGCUACCCUGCCUGGUAUCGUGACUUCUGUUCUAAGCCUCCUGAAAAUCCUGAGGACAAUCCAGAAUGGGCACCCGGACCUUACCUAAUAAGCACUCAAAUGCGCUCAGUGCCAAAGUUGCUUAGGCUGAAGUGGGACGGCUACCCUGUCCACUACGAUGAAAAGCAUGGCUGGGGCUACUUGGUUCCAAAGGGUGAAACUGACGGGAUCGUAAGUAUUUCUCCAGCUGCUGAAGAAGAAAUGGAAGAAGCUGCUAAAAAACCGAAGUUCCCUCUUGCAGAAUUUCUGAAAGCCUGUGGUUACCAGAGGUGCUCUACAGAAAAUAGUGACACCGAUGCAAUGUGGCAGAAGCUAGAGAGGAUUCCAGAAGAAGGGGCUAGAGAACUAUGGCGAAAAGUUCUGGGAGAGGAAACUGAUUCUCCGCGACUGGAGGAAAAUGCCGAUACCGACAUUGGUAUUGAGGGGUGCAGCUUCUUCAGACUCCCACACAAGGAUGGUCCUCACAAGAGAGUUGGAAACCCACUCGCCAAAGACUUUUUGCCCAAGGUCUCCGACGGAACACUGCAGUCUAGCGACAACCCAGAAGCCAACCAGGUACUGUCGCUGAGCAAGAUGAUUUCUUAUUGGAAGAAUGCCCGCGAUCGCAUUAUGGGACAGAUGGUGGUGUGGUUCGACAGGGACGAACUGCCGGAAACAGUUGGAGCCAAUGAGCCUACCGACAACGGCGUCAUCCUUCCGCGGAUCAUUCCAGCCGGUACGGUCACACGCAGAGGUGUUGAGACGACCUGGCUGACGGCCAGCAAUGCUUACAAAGACCGUGUAGGUAGUGAACUCAAGUGCAUGAUUCAGGCUCCCAAAGGCUAUCACAUUGUUGGUGCUGACGUAGACUCCCAGGAACUCUGGAUUGCUGCCAUAUUCGCAGAUGCUUACUUCGCAGUGCACGGCUGUACAGCUUUCGGUUGGAUGACCCUCCAGGGAAACAAGGCAGCCGGUACAGACAUGCACAGCCGGAUCGCACAGUCUGUCGGCAUCAGUCGAGACCAGGCCAAAGUCAUCAAUUAUGCCCGCAUCUACGGUGCGGGCCUUCCAUUCGCGCAACGCCUCUUCAUGCAAUUCAAUCACAGAUUGACCUCACAGGAGGCCGCCUCGAAGGCUAAGAUGAUGUACGCCCAGACGAAGGGUGUGAGGGUACACGGAGGAGAAAACGUCGGUGGACAAAAGGUACGCGUACAAGGUGCCCGCAAAGUGUGGUCUGGAGGAAGUGAGUCUCACAUGUUCAACAAGCUUGAAGAGAUAGCCAACUCAAAAGUUCCGAAGACUCCAGUUCUGGGUUGCUGCAUCAGCCGUGCUUUGGAGCCGGCCGCCGUGAAUGCAAACUUCUUCAACAGCCGCAUUAACUGGGUCGUACAGAGCUCAGCGGUAGACUACCUGCACCUCAUGCUGGUCACCAUGAGGUGGCUUAUGGAGGACUUUGCAAUUCGUGGACGCUUUGCUGUUAGCAUUCAUGACGAGGUGCGCUUCUUGGUUGCCUCGGAGGACAGGUACAGGGCUGCUCUCGCACUGCAGGUGACCAAUCUGCUUACGCGCUCCUUCUUUGCCUGGAGAUUGGGAAUGCGAGACCUUCCGCAAAGCGUGGCUUUCUUCAGCAGCAUUGAAGUCGAUACGGUGCUUCGAAAAGAGGUGGACAUGGACUGCGUAACACCAUCGAACCCUCAAGGAUUAAAAGAAGGCUAUGGCAUACCACCCGGCGAAGCAUUGGACAUUUACGCCGUGCUCCAAAAGACAAAAGGGGGCCGCUUGUCUCGUGAGGCUGAGUUAGCCUGAUAUUCAUUCUUUAUUGGUAAAUAGCCAUGUUCCUAGUUUCAUUUAUCAAAGCCUAGUCUAUUUUCACUCGAGUCAAGCAAGUACUCUGUGUUCAUAACACUUUCAUGCUUUUUAGAUUAAUAAAUAAUAACUCUCUCAACCUCAA